AUGGUCUCCAUCAAUAUCUUCCAUGAACCUUCAUUUGCAGAAAAACUUUCGAAUAUCCCUUCAUAUUCUCAAUUGACUGCCCUCCUGGCGGCCAUAGCUGGUUAUGCCUCACGCUUUGGUGCCUUAAGAACAAACAACUUAGCUAGCGACGCAGUUCAUUCCGUGGCAAAGAGUCACCGACUGCCUGCAGACUUCAUCGACCUUGCAUUCGAGUACAUAAACAAGGCCCUCGCGGAGUGUGGCGAUGAGAUGCCGCCCCUUUGCGUUAUACAAGCUCUCAUUGUUGCAACGCAUUGCCGACUGACCCAGGGUGUUCGCGGAAAGGCAUGGAGAUCUAUAGGACUGUGUGUCAGUUUGAUAUACGAAACAAACUUGCAUCUUCUUGAUUCCAGGAAGGCCGUGAAAAUGGAGGAUCCUCACCGGUGGCAAGAAGAUGAAGAAAAGCGUCGUGCUUUCUGGGCCAUCUGGGAAAUGGAUGUCUUUGCCAGUACCAUCCGUCGGACGCCCACUGCCAUUGACUGGAACCAAAUGGAAAUAUUGCUUCCAGUUGACAACUCUCACUGGUUCUCAGGCCACUCUACUUCAAGCUGUUUUAUGGAGACCAACACAAACGAACGUUGGAAGGCGUUGCAGGAGAGUGGCAACCAGUCACCGAAAGCGUGGUUCCUCGUCAUCAAUUCUCUCAUGAAAGAUGCCCAAAUCGCCUGUGACGCACAGGGGGCGUCCUCCACGGGUCAUCGAGAUUAUCACCAGCCAAAGUCAAAUAACCGGAUUUCAAUACCCGAAUCGGCCGUGGAGACUGGUCAAAAAUUGGAGAUCUUAGCAAAUGCGGUACGAUGCUUUAAUCUGGCCUUACCAAGUCAUCUCAAUUAUCGCGAUCAGUAUCUGGCUUUUGGGGCGCCAAUACAAGGGCAGUUGGAAUCUCAACGACAGCAGCAUUGCUCUAUCUACAAUAUCUUCGUCAUGACCCAGCUAGCUCGUUUGAUGAUCUACAGGUAUGACGCGUUCAGACCUCAGAGUCGUCGACCUGAUAUUAGUGGCCGUCAUCCUUCCGGGAAUUCUGCUGUCCGGGGUACUUUUAGUCCGCUUGAUACAGAAAGUGGAGCGCUUCAACAAUAUUACGAGGCAGCUGAUUGCAUCUUGGACAUCGUGAAUCGAAGUUGCGAGGAGCAUAUUCAACAUAUUAAUCCAUUCUUAUCUAGCACCAUAUGGCUUGCCUCGGCGGUGCAGCUGGUUCGUAAACAUUUCACUCGGGCGCAAUCCAAUCGAAACCUAAUAAAGUCGCGCUUUGACGUUCUUUACUUGACUUAUAAGCGAUGCGUUCAUUUUUGGGAUAUUCAAAACGCUCUCCAGAGGAACCUGGAGUUAAUUGAGGAGCAACUGGAAGCUAGGCACAAAAGGCCGGAGAAUCGAGCUUAUCCAUCCGCUCAAGAAACCUCAAAACGAGCAUCGGAAGACACCGGAAUGAUCGACCAGUCCUCCUCGGAUCAUGAGGGCCGCCACAUCGAGCGCGACGCGAAGACAGCGCGAACACCCAGACGAGCUUCUCAAUACCUACCCGAAACACCCAGUGUCCCGCUCACCACUUCAGCCUCAACUUAUGCCGGACUCGACAUUACAGCUCAAAACCAUGCGCAACUACGCCCCGGGCCAGAGAGAAUGGAACUGCUCGACUUCCUGACUCUAGAGACCAGUAGGAACCAGAUUUCAGACGAGCCCACGAACUCUAGUUUGGAGAAUCCAAUAUAUCAGCUCGAUCAGGCCUUCGACUGGCCUACCUUUGACUUUCCUGGUGGAAUAUAUGAUUUACUUGCUGGGUGA